UAGGUAGUAGUGGGUGCCUAACCUGCAUAGACAUCGUCUUUUAGACAAUGCAGCAAUCGCGUCGAAAGGCUAUCAGUUGGACGAGAGAACCUCUCAGCCGUAGUCUGCGAAACCCGACCGAUUUGACCAGUAGUGAGUGCGUCCCUCGUUGACCUUGCCCUUUUGUUCGUUGGAUUCAAGUGCUUUCGGGAGAAUGGAUGCAGCGGAGAGCAGCAAAUUAAGCGAUGGGAUCGACGCUCCGAUGUGGAUGUUUUGGAAACGGCGACGCUACAUAGUGGUGGUGAUGGCAUUUCUGGGAUUCUUGAAUCAGUACACGAUGCGGACAAACCUCAGCGUAGCGAUCGUGGCCAUGACGGAGAAUCGGACUGAGCAGUUUGCCAACGGAACGGUUCAUAGCGAACAAUAUUUCGAUUGGGAUUCCAAAGUUCAGGGAUAUAUUCUCAGCUCUUUCUUCUACGGAUACCUCAUCACCCAAAUACCCGGAGGAUUCGUCUCAAACUGGUUUGGUCCACAUAUUGCUUUUGGAAUCGGCGUUGGAGCAUCAUCAGUUCUGACCCUGUUGACUCCUCUGGCAGCUCAUGUCGGAUACGGAUGGGUCAUCGCGGUUCGGGUUUUGGAGGGAAUUUUCCAAGGCGUCACUUUCCCAUGUAUGCAUGCAAUUUGGUCACGCUGGGCGCCACCAAGUGAGAGAUCCCGGAUGGUUCUGUUCUCGUUUGCCGGAGUGUUUAUGGGAACGAUUCUGGGAAUGCUGUUAAGUGGCGUCAUGGCAAAGAACUGGAACUGGGAAAGUGUGUUUUAUUUCUUUGGCGCUUUUGGAUGCGCUUGGUACGUUGGAUGGCUGAUACUUGUUAGAAAUUCUCCGGAGGACGAUCGCUUCAUAACUACAAAGGAGAAAGAGUUCAUUCUGCUAAGCUUGGGUAGAAAUGAGCAGGACAGUCAGAAGGUGAAGCAUCCUUGGAAGGGAAUACUCACCUCAACAGCCGUAUAUGGCCUAAUUACGGCUAACUUCUGUCAUAAUUGGGGCUUUUACACGCUCCUGACGCAGCUGCCGAGGUUCUUGAAGGAAGCAUUACAUUACGGAGUGCAGUCCAGUGGGUUCAUUGCAGCCGUACCGUACUUCGGCAUGAGUGUUACCUUGUACAUCGCUGGAUACCUUGCUGAUUGGUUCCAAAUCAAAGGAAUUCUCACUACCACUCAAGUGCGCCGUAACUUCAACUGUGGAGCUUUCCUGGUUCAGACCGUAUCCAUGAUCGUUACCGCUGCUGUUUUUACUCCGGCCGUAUCGAUCGUGUUCAUAACCUUGGCCGUCUCAGCUGGAGCUUUCGCUUGGAGUGGAUAUGCCGUUAAUCAUCUGGAUCUGUCUCCGAAAAGUGCCGGACUGUUGAUGGGAAUCUCGAACUCUUUCGGCACUGGCGCAGGGAUCAUUACACCAAUAGUAGUGGGAUAUUUGACGACGGGAAACUCACCCAGCGAGUGGAAGUUGGUGUUCUACAUUGCGGCCGGAGUUUACGCAUUUGGCUUAGUGGUGUAUUGGUUUUGGGCAUCGGGUGAGUUACAGCCUUGGUCGAUUGAGAUGCAAGAACGAGAGAAAAAAGAACAAGAAGCGAGAAAUGCAUGUUUUGUCUAUGUUAAUAAAAUUAAUGUUGAGGAGUAAGUUUAUAUGUUUUUAUGUUUGUUUAAAUUACAAGAACUUUUCACUGAUAAA